CGUCAUAGCUUUCAUCAAAAGACGACAGGAAAGGCGCUUCCCGCCGCUGAGCGCUAGAACUACUACCCCUGACGCUACCGCGGCUCCCCCCGAAGUGACUUCCGGCGUGGGACUAGAGGGCGCCACGCAGCGCCGGAUGUACAGCGGACCUACCUAUACAAGUGCUGCCCUCUUUCACAACGUGGGAGUGACCUCCCCAGUCACGAUUCCGCCCCCGUACUCAUCCAUCGCCUUCGAUACCUCGGUACUGAUAGUCACCUCCGACAUGCCGCCAUCGUACUCGGAGGCAGACGACAGUCGUUCACGAACGGAAUGAAUGCUUGCAGUCUGGCUACUGUACCUCACUCCUCCUGUCCUCCUGUCCUCCUGUCCUCCUGCCUCCUCUACAGUCGGCGCUCUGUCUGCGUGGGAGAGUAAGAAGAGGGAAUAUCACAGUUCACACUUCAUCUGAUCACAUCCAUUAUAACAGUCCUCCGAAGUAUCAAUGCACUCUGAUCGAACUUAAAAUUGACAUGCGUGUGUAUGUUUCGGAUAAGAAAUAAACUAAUAAAAGUAAAUAAGUGUAAAGAAACGAGAAAAAAAAUAACAAGCAAGAAAACGAACGAAGAAGAAAUAAAUGAAAGAAGGAAACAGAAUAAAAGAAAGACUGAGGGAAAGACGCAACUGUGCGAAGCAGGACACGAUGGAUGAAGCCGGGAAGUGGCCCGGAUGUGUUGACCAUGAUACAGUCUGUGUCAUGUCUGACAACCUGUGUUAUCGUGGUGGGACACAAGCUUCUGAACUGCGCAUCUUGUGAGCACCGCGACUCACCCUCAGUCGUGAGGUGCCUUGAGUCUGAGUGAGUUCAUUUACCAAGCGGCCCACGACAGCAUCAUGAGACUUUUGAGUUGUGUGAUUAUUGUCGUUGCAGCAGGCACUACUCGUAGCUAACUUUACAGUCAGUCAAUGGACGACAACUCCAGGAUGGAAUUUUACCAAUACCUCGUCUUCGUGCGGACCAACAUUUCUGCGGGCCACUCCUGGAGUAACUGGUGUAAUAUACUCCCCAAACUACCCCAACCAUUACCCCAACUCUGAGGCGUGCAUCUGGUCCAUAUCAACCAGUGACGGCUACGUCAUCCAGGUGACAGUGGUUGACCUCAGGAUGGAGAGCUGCAUCAACUGUUCUUGCGAUUUUCUGGCCCUGUACGACGGGAUCCAGAGCAACGCCACUCUUUUGCAAAAUCUGUGCAACUUCUCCCCUGGAAAGGUCCACAGCACUGGGACUAUCAUGAGGGUAGAAUUUGUGGCCGAUCCUAUCGGCACAGACUUUGGAUUUCAGUUGAACUUCACUGCGGUUCCAGCGACCUCACUUCUGUCGACAUUUUCUUCAUUGAGAACAACGACACCCACCACGAGGUGGCCACCAUCCACUACGGCUUCAGCAGCUGCCUGUCAGCUCGGUGUCACUAACCUACACGCGGCUCUCAACUCUAAAGGAAGGAUUUAUUCUCCAGGCUACCCGUAUAAUUAUCCACACAAUAGCAACUGUCAAUGGCGAAUCUCUGCCGACCAGGGCAAUGUCAUUCACCUGGUUGUUCGCGAGGUGUCCAUAGAGAACUGCAGCACCUGUACCUGCGACAAAGUAGUCAUGUACGAUGGUCCGUCGUCCUCUGCCAGAUUGCUAUACGGCUUGUGUAUGACAAUCCAGGCCAACUACUCCGUGGAUAGCACUGGACCGAACAUGUUCAUCACCUUCACCUCGGACUCCAGUGUCAGCGGCAAGGGCUUUGUUCUCGAGUACUGGGCUGUAUUGGACAGAGGCGGGAUAUACCUACAAGCGUCGACCAGCGAGACCAAGACAAUUUAUUACACGUGGACUUCUGUGAAUUAUCCCAAUUACGCCAACAGCAGCUGGCUAAUACGUGCUGACGACGGCUACGUGGUGCAGCUGUCGGUACUGAAUGUCGACAUAGAACAGUGCACCAACUGUAUCUGCGACAAACUGCAGAUUUUUGACGCUCCAGCCUACUCGGAGGGCCGGAGGAUCCGUCAGUACUGUGGGAGCUUGCGCUCCGAUGUUGUGUACACCACCCAGAAGUACGCCUUCCUCACCUUCACCUCCGACUCCUCCAGGACUGGCAAAGGCUUUACCAUUACAUACAGAGCGGUGACCUAUGACCCUGCAUUCUAUCAAACAACUAAAAGGACCACCUCUUCUAUUGAAGUUUAUCAAACAUCACCAGGGAGGCCUACCUAUAGUAAAGAUCAGACGACUGGUCUCGUGAUGAUCAUUGUCGGUUCUCUGACGGGAUUGUCCAUCCUAUUCAUCUUCGUCGUUCUCAUCAUCUUUCUCGUCAAACGACGCCAGGCCAGAUCACUCAACACCUACAGCAACCUCCCCCACACCGGCAACACGGUCACCGUCACCAGCACCACCGUGCCGCCCAUGCAUUACUACCAGCCUAACACUGGGGUGGUUGUCGCUGUCCCGGGUGUUGUGUACCCAGCUCAGUCGGCCCCACCUGCCUUCAGGAACGAAGCUUUCACACCUGACUUGAUCCCGAGCUUCAAAUCAGUCUCUCCCUCCGCAGACAGGCCAGUAAUUUCUCGCAGACUCUGUGCCCAAUGUACCGCAGGUCCUCAUCAGAAAUCUUUUCUUGAUCAUUGAAGAGAGGAUGCAAAGCUUUCCAGGAAACACCAAAUAUUAUUUUUAUCAUAUGUACUGUAUUUAUGCUUGUCGCAAAAACCAGCUUAAUAGUUCCCCCUCCUCCAUCUGCUUUCCUUAUCUAGCCUUCAACUGCAGUAUUAUUCUCAUCGUCCACCUUUCCAUCGCUCACCUAUCCUCAUCAACCAAGCCUCCAAGCUCAUUAUCAACUCAUCCGUCCCUGUUGCUUAUCUCUCUAUCCUGCUCGCCCAUCCUCACUCUUCCCCUCUGUGCUGGGAUUCCGAGCUGCAUGAGUCCAACCUCAUCAAUUGCUUUCUCAUUAUUACAUCAUUAUUUUCAUCAUGUUAUCAGAUGAGACAGAUGCAGUUUUACAAUCUACAAAGAAAGUUCACGUUUUGUGUCGAAGUCUCUUGGCACACUAUACCGAAUGUAUUCCGUUGGAAAUACUGAAAAAAUAUCACUCGAUGUUAGAUCGGUAGUAUAAUAUAUUGGUGUGAUGGUGUGAUGUUAGCCAGAAUCCAGUUACUGCAGCAUGGAUUAGCGACUGUUUUGUCUUCAUGACACACUUUUGACUAAAUGUAAACAAAUCGAUUUGCCCAAACCGCCAUGUUUUUAUUAUUGGAUGUUUUUUUUUCAUAUAAAAAUAACAAAUAUAAUAUAUAUUCUAAAUAUUGUACAUAUUAUGUUUAUUUAUUCUAAAAGGUAAAAGAUAUAAUAAGC